AGUAACUAUUUUAUUGGUAAAUUGAGUGAAUUGUUUUGUCGAUCUGUACCGUCGACUCGGGGAGGUUUCUUUGAUUUUGCUUGUGAAAUGUUUGAGGUUGAAUUAAUAGCAGCGGACCACAAGGAUGUUAUUCAUGAUGUAGCAUUCGAUUAUUACGGACGUCGCAUGGCAACCUGUUCCAGUGACCAAACAGUCAAGGUCUGGGAUGAAGAUGAGAAAGGCAAUUGGAUAGAAUCAAGUUGUUGGAAAGCACAUUCUGGCUCGAUAUGGAGAAUUUCGUGGGCACAUCCCGAGUUUGGGCAAGUUAUAGUCACAUGCUCAUUUGACCGCACUGCAUCCGUGUGGGAAGAAGUUGUUGGUGAAAAAGUGGCGUCUUUAACGACAUCCGCUCGUCGUUGGGUGAGACAGAUGACUUUUGCUGACUCUCGCACAAGCGUGACUGACGUUAAAUUCGCACCAAAAUACCUGGGGCUUUUGUUGGCUACGGCUUCAGCGGACGGCAUAAUUCGCAUUUAUGAAGCCCCCGAUAUAAUGAACCUCACUCAAUGGCCUGUUCUACAUGAAAUUGCCAAUAAAUUGCCACUGAGCUGCAUAUCGUGGAAUACUUCGACGUAUUUGUUAUCUUCGCAACUUUUAGCGGCGGGAAGUGACGAGACUGCUACACACACUGGGAAGGUUUUUAUAUUUGCAUAUAGUGAAAGUGCUCGCAAAUGUGUAAAGAUUGAAACAAUAAAUGAAAUAACCCAACCUGUGACUGACUUGGCAUUCGCACCUAAUCCCGGUCGUACGUUCCAUAUGUUGGCGGUGGCUAGCAAGGACUUAUAUAUUGUGAACAUUCGAGGCGUCACCGAUGCCUCCGCAAACACAAAACUUGACAUACAAACGACCAAGUUUAGUGAUCACAAUUGCCCCGUUUGGAGAGUUUGCUGGAAUAUGCUGGCAACAAUGUUAAUAUCCACUGGCGAUGAUGGAUGUGUGCGGAUUUGGCGAAAAAAUUAUACAAGAAAUUGGAAAUGUGCUGCGGUAAUAAAGGCCGAGGGUAGUUACCCGUCUUAUGAACCAAGUCUAAACUCGCCGUCAAUGACUGCAUCAGCUGCUGCAACUGCCAAAUACUAUAAGAAAGGGACAAUUAGUAAUCCGAAUCAAGUGCCAUGGCAUUAAGUUCAGUGUUCAGUUAUCAAGCGCUACUGAAUUUAUAUCCCUUCCUAAACUUUUU